AUGUCUGAGUUACUUUACAAACUUAACGUAGCUUUUGUUAUUCGUAUUCCACUACUCAACUACAUGAGAACUUCAUAUUUUCACACACUUACAAAGUACAUGGCUAACUUAGUAUACGAACAAUUUCUCCUCCAGGCUUUGUACUAUCCAGAAAUUCUAUUGAAUUUUAGUGGCUUUUGCUUAGACUUCUCAGUUUUGAUAUUUUUCGUAUAA